AUGCUCACUGCUGUUUUUGUUGUCGCUUUUGAUGUUAAGACUGGAAACAUCAUUGAAUGGCAGCAACCAGAGAAAUUAAACCUUAGCGGUGUUGAAUUCAAAGCACUGGUCAGCGGUUCACACAAUACGACAUCCGAUUUUGUUUAUUUUCGUCAUGGACACAUGUACGGCCUGUCGUGCUUCCACCAGAAGGUUCUUAAUGAAGAAAACUUGGAGAGAGGAUCGAGAAUGAAAAGUGUUGCCAUCCUGUCAAAUAGUUACAACAACCUGGCUACACAUUUCAAUUUCUUACAACAGAAAGUUUUGCAACUUUUGGAUCGCCCUGGACAUUAUGAAGAUCUUGAAGACUUUUGGAGAAACAAACGAUUGUUGACGUUAGAUCAUCACCAUCAUCACUUCCACGCCAUGCUCACAAAAACAAUUAAGGUACUACACCCACAACACUCGGUGCUUCAGUUUUUAAAGUUUUUUGGGGCCAGAGUAUUUGUGCUUUGGAGACUUUCCAUGCUAGGCAGAAGAGUUAUUUAUUACUCACCACCACCCAUUGGUUUUGCAUGUUUUUGGGUUCAUUGUGUAACAUGCAUUGCCGUUCACAACAAGCAGAAGUUUCUAGCCAGCUAUCCAAUCAUCACCCCAUACUUCUACAUAAAUGUGGCUGACAUAGAACAACUAACGUCACAGUCUUCAUACAUUGCUUGCACUACAGAGAAAAUAUUUGAGAUGAAAACAAGUCUGUAUGACGUUUUCAUAGACGAUGGUGAAUUCAUCUCAUCAUCAUCAUCAUCAUCCCUCAAGAACAUUCUGGUCGUUAACAAAGCUGAUGAAGAGAAGUACAAUCACGCUUAUAAUGAUGAUGAUGACGACGAAUAUGAGGAGAAGGACGAAGAUGGUGAUGAGGACGGAGAUUCCAUUUACUUGAAUUACUUUACGGAGUUGAACGAUCUCAUCUUGUCGACCAUGCUAGAGGUUUCAUGUUCAGAUGACAGACAGAUAACGUCGGAACACAUGAAAAUUAUGAACAUGGACGCAAAUGCUGACAAACUGUUUGUCUCCCAGCUCGCGGAGACUUAUGCCAUUGACAUUCUGCUCGCUAAUGAUAAUCCUUGCUGUCCCAUUUGA